UUGUCACAAGCAGCCGUCGCCAUGGGAACGACCAGGAUGUUCCGCAUUUUCGUAGUCCUGGGCUCGGCCUUCAUGAUCCUCCUGAUCAUUAUCUACUGGGACGACGUGGGGGCCUCCCACUUCUACCUGCACACUCCCGUGUCACCGGGCCCCAAGGCCCCACCGCAACCCCCUCCCCAGCCAAAGUCUCAGACCUCUCGGACCCCGUCCUUCCUGAAUGACAUUGACGCCUUCGUCAACCAGUUCCUGGAGCCAGGCACUGGGGAGCCCACGGACACCGUCGCCGUUGACACGAGCAACCAGUCGGAGAAGGAGGAGCGAUACAUUCCUCGGAGGGAGUGGAAGAUCCACCUGACUCCCAUAGCAACAGAACUCCACGACCGACAGGAGCGGAGGCGGCAGUUACUUCAGGAGAUCUGCACCAACGAUACUGUGGCGUUUCCCGGCAAAAACCGCUCAUUUGAUGACAUUCCCAACAAGGAGCUGGAUCAUCUCAUUGUGGAUGACCGACAUGGAAUAAUCUACUGCUACGUUCCCAAGGUAGCAUGCAGUAACUGGAAGCGCAUCAUGAUCGUUCUUAGUGAGAGCCUGCAGCAGGAGGGUGUUCCUCAGAGGGACCCCCUGGCAAUCCCCCGGGACCUGGUCCACAACAGCAGCAUGCACUUUACCUUCAACAAGUUCUGGAAACGUUACGGCAAGUUUGCGAGGCACCUCAUGAAGGUGAAGCUGAAGAAGUACACCAAGUUCCUUUUUGUCCGGGACCCCUUUGUGCGUCUCAUCUCUGCCUUCAGGAACAAAUUUGAAAUGCGCAACGAGGACUUCUACCGGCGCUUUGCACAAGUCAUGCUGCGCCGCUACGCCAACCAGACACCGCCUACCUCUGUGGACGAGGCGUUUACGUUGGGCAUCCGACCCACGUUCUCUCACUUCAUCCGGUACCUCCUGGACCCUCGGACCGAGAAGGACGCGCCCUUCAAUGAGCACUGGCGGCAGGUGUAUCGGCUGUGCCACCCGUGCCAAAUCCAGUAUGACUUCGUGGGCCACUUGGAGACGGCAGAGGAGGACGCCGAGCACCUUCUGCGCCUGCUGCGGGUGGACAAUGUUGUGGAGUUCCCCACCUCGCACAGGAACCUCACAGCCAGCAGCUGGGAGUCCGAUUGGUUCAGCACAGUACCUGUCGAGGUGCGUAAGGAGCUGUACAAACUUUAUGAGCCUGACUUCAGACUUUUUGGGUACAAAAGGCCGGACUGGAUCCUCGAAGAGUGAUUCACCGAGCUAACGCAAAAAAAAGUCUUUUAAAGUAACAAAGUCAUGAGAAACUGAGACGCUUUUAUUCCGGUGUUCCCUCGUCUUGUCUGUUUAAACCAAACGAGCACAAGUUUAAUGCUCUC